AUGGAGCAAUCAAGCUUCCUCUCAGCUAUCUUGGAACACCAGGAUGCUCUGGCAUCUGUCGCAGAAUUUCUGCGUAUUCUCGCCGGAAUCUGCUGGACUUUGAACUACUUUAGCAUGUUACGUACAUCGCGGAAGGAUAAAAUUCCCAGUACUGGCAUCUUCCCUCUUUGCAACGACAUUGGAUGGGAGUUUAUCUAUGCCUUUGUCUACCCAACCGCAAGUGCCCAUUGGCAAGGAGGUGUGCGAGUCUGGUUCUUGGUUCAUUGCAUUGUCAUUGUGUUUAUAAUCAAGUACGCGCAUAACGAGUGGGACUAUUUCCCUCUCAUUCAAAGGAAUCUAUACCUCGUCUAUGCCGCUGUGACAACCGGCUUUGCGCUUGGACAAUAUUCCUUUGCCCGGCAGGUUGGACCUGAAUUAGGAUUUUUCUACGGAGGUGUCCUUUGCCAAACACUGGCAAGCCUGGGACCAAUUGCUCAGAUUCUUUCCCGGAAUAGCACUCGAGGUGCUUCCCUGAUGACAUGGUUCCUGAGAGCUGUAGCUACAUUUGGCGGUUUCACCAAGUUGACUAUCUAUUAUCUGACCGGAAAUGCGGCGGGGCCUUGGUUUGAAAGUCCUAUGUGCAAGUUCUACAUCGGACUGACAUUGGUGCUGGAUUUUACCUAUCCGAUCUGUUAUUAUGUUAUUCGUCGCCAGGAGUUAGCCGAUGCCGAGGAGAAAACCAAGACGAACAAGUCAGGAAAACGUGCGUGA